AUUGCAUAAAUCAGUUCUUUUUAAGUACUGUAAUUGAAAUGUUAGAAAUUUUUAAUUUCAAAAGUUGCUUAGUUUUAUUGGAUUUUAAUAUCGGAGACCCUGAACAUAUGAAUAUCUACAUGUUUGAAAGGGUUUUUACAGAUUUCUAAGAGAUCUGCAGUUGGAAGAAAAAUCAAAGCAUAAACAGAUAAAAAUGAAGCCCAGCAUGCUGCAGUUUCUGAAGAAAUCAUUAAAACUUUUUUGCAGGAAACUGAAACAAAGUGGAAAAAAACCAAAGCGCAUCCUCUACCUCAAGUUUCCGUUAAAAUGUUAAGAAAGGUGAAGAAGAGUUUCUCUGAGUAUGAAUCUUGUAAACACGCCCACUGUCAGUCUCUCCUGUUAUUAUAUAAUCCAUUUACAUGGAAAUGAAACCUCCUUUUACAACUGAUUGGGGGGUAAUUACAAUUAACAAUCCUAGCAACUAUUAUUCCAAGUUUAAGAACUUAAUUCCUGAAAUACACAAAUCUUUCUGUCCAACAUUUUUAUGUCUUAUAAAAAAUGUAAAAUCCCCCUGCCACGCACACACCCGCACACUGUCUUCAGUUAUGAUUUAAGAGUGAUUAGUGUCUUUACCCAUAUUUGAAACAUUAAUUUUGAAGUAUGAAACAAAGUUGGCUUCAAAUAAAAGAGCUGUGUUGACUUUUAAAACCUUCUUGUCUGGCGGUCCAACAAUUAAUGGUUAAAUAAAUAUUAGAGAAGAUUCAAUCAUCUUCAAAGGGAUUCUGAGGCAACAUUUUUGGUACCAGGUAGAAAAGGUUUUUGACAGAUUGACAGACACGACUGUAUAGAUUUGCAAACACCAUGAGAAGCAGCGAUAGAUCCACAACUUGACUUACAGCUUCCUAGUGGUGUACGUCCUCUCCCACACUCAGUUCCUCCAGACUAGUGGCAGCAGCAAUUAGCAAACACCUGAUGAAACCGUGUGUCUUCUGAACUCAUCAUAUGAACUAUUUCUAAGUUCAAAGCUCCCAAGAACAGUUGUAAACAGCAUAAUGGAGAAACAUUGUUGUGAUGACGUGGUGAACGCAGAGUCAGAAGCAGGAAAGAAACAGAGGCUAAUUUCACAGCAUCAAAUUGUGAAAUUUGACUUUUAAGUUAUGUUCGAUAUUGAGCUAUUCAUAAUUUUUAUAACAACUGAAGGUAACAUAGUUACUUAUUUGUGCCAUAAAAUUUACUGUGUGCCUGGAAAAUGCAUAAUUUAAGAAUGUACACUGAAUCCAAACACACUUUUUAAUCAUAAAGUGUUUAAAACACACUUUAUGAUCUGUAAAGUUUUACAGAAUCUUAGGUUCCUCUAAAACUAAUUCUAAAAUAAUCUCAUGAGCUGGAUUUACUGCUAUAUUGACUUAAACAAGUCAAUUAAAAAUUGUAUGGGAAGACUGAGUACCUAACAUGUCUGUCAGACUGUAAGAGCAAAUUUGAGAAAUAAUCUACUUUUUAACCUUUACUCGCAGCAGUCUAAGACAUUUAUAAACACCUCCAAAACAUCUGUAUAACUUCUUUCCGUGGACAAUGUCAAUGGUUUGAGAACAAUAUAUACAUAAAAAUAAUCUUAGUUGAAUUAUGCAUAGGUCCCAGUAUACUGUUAACAACAUGUAAAGAAAUAUUCUGCUUCAAAAAUUAUUUAAUCCGUUGAUUUUCUGUCUCAUUCUGCAGAUCAGUUUGAGCUAAUGGAAGGAUAACAUUAUUACAUGAUGCUUAGUGCCACUAAUAAUAAAUGAUUGUUGUUCAACUUAUAAGGGGAUUUUUAUGAAGGGAAAAACACCACAAUCAAGAGGGGUAGUGUAGAGGAGGAAGCAGUUAUAAGAUAAUUGUACAUGGAAAACAACAGGAAGAUCAGGUUAUUUAGAGUCAUGUUGAUGACUGAAGAUGGCAGACGUCCUGACUUUUUAGACGGUUUUGUUCAAGUUUAAGUAUUUUCCAUUUAUGUGAUUUUGUCUUGUUAAUGUCAAUAAAAUCUUAAAAUGUAUUUUCCAGCAUGCAUAGAAAAAGAAAAGUAAAACAGAAAAAAGUCUUGUUUGGUGAUUCCCUGUGUGAACCUGACUCAUUUUCAGUUCCCUUGUGGAAUCACUAAAUGCCUUAUAAAGCAAACAGGAUGUCGUCUCUGUUGCCUUGUUCUGAGACCAACAACAUCUAAAGAUCACAGUUUGGUGUGCAUUAUGGAAGCUCCUGUGAUGUCAUCAGAUGAAGAGCCAUGGUGGCAUGACUAUAUGGAUGUCUUGAAUAAUUUCAACUAUUCUUAUGAUCAAGACUAUGAAGAUGAUAUAUGUGACAUGACAGAGUAUCUAAACUUUGCAAAUGUGUUGAUCCCAGUUGUGUACUCAGUGGCGUUUGUUGUGGGAAUCCUGGGAAAUGGAUUGCUGCUGGGUGUACUGAUGAAGAGCAGAAAGGUCUGGAGCACAACAGACAUUUUGAUCCUUCACCGAGCUGUGGCAGACAUCCUGCUGCUGGUGACGCUGCCCUUCUGGGCUGUAGCGUCUGCCAGUGAUGCCGGAUGGGUGUUUGGGACGUUCUUCUGCAAAGUCGCUGGAAGUGUUUUCACAAUGAAUUUCUAUUGUGGGAUUUUUCUCCUGGUUUGCAUCAGUGUGAGCUACCUCCUCUCAAUCCUUCCUUCUACCAAAGAGUUCAUGAAGAAAAAGCCCUGGGUGGUUCAAGCCUGCUGUGUGGUGGUGUGGAUCCUCUCCAUUCUCCUCUCCGUCCCUGACUGGAACUUUUUAGAAAGUGUGACAGAUUCAAGAGGAAAUACCACCGUGUGUGUUCGUAAUUAUGCAAAACGUGACUUGGAUGGCACAUCCUAUAAGAUAGUUGCGCGAUGGCUGUACCACAUAUUGAGUUUUUUGUUUCCUUCAGUUGUCCUGGUCCUCUGCUACUUGUGCAUCCUGUGGCAGCUGCGGUGUGGCACCAGAGGCUUCCAAAAACAAAGAACUUUCAAAGUCAUAAUAGCUAUUAUGGCAGUUUUCUUUCUCUGCUGGACACCGUUCAAUAUUACCCUUUUGAUGGACACAGUUGAAAUAAGCAACAGCAGUGCAACACAAUGUGGAACGCAAACAUCUCUGGACAGAGCUCUAAUUGCAACUUCUGUUUUGGCUCUCAUCCACUGUUGCCUAAAUCCCGUUUUGUACUUUUUUCUAGAUGUUAAGUAUCGGCAACAGCUGAUGAGCAUGUGGACCAAGACAUCUGACAGCUCAGUUUUUUAAAGACUCUAAUAGAUUACCAGUGCACAUCACUUAAAUGAGAAUACAUUAUAGCCCCAGUAACAUUUUUCCUUUGUCUGUCUCUCAUAACUUCAUAUUUAAAUUUUUCUGGCUGCCAAGUGAAACUGUAAUAUGAAGAACUAAAGAAAUAUCUAAUAUCUUGUGUGAUUUUUUUUCUUUUUUAAAAAUGUUCUUGUACUUUGUUUCAGCACCACAAUUAUAUAACAAAUGUUUCAAAAACAUUAGCGUAACUAGAUAAAUGAAAAAGAAUCAAACAGUUUAAAUAGUGAGUUUUGUUAAAGGUGAACAUUGUUUGUGUCAGUGAGGCCCUUUCUGAUUUGAACCAGUCACUGAGUUUAUUUAACAUUAUGGCCUAUAAAUCUGCCCAACCCAACCGGGAAUGUUCAAAUUCCCAAUUAACCAUUCCAAGCCAAUUCAAGCAAUUAUGGUGAACAGCCUCCAGCCCACAUAACUCUAAGAAAAAGAGGAAAGUCACAAAAUACUGAUUUGUAUCCCAUUAUCAAUACUGCAAGCCAAUUUUACAUUUUUUUUUUAUUAUUAUUUUAAUCAGAGCUAGCCAGAGUUUAUAAAUGAAGUAAUUCUGUGUUUUCUGAAAAUGUUAAUGACAAAAUAAAUUGUGGUUUUGGCUCCAUAUUUAAAUUACAAUGUCUAAAGGUGAUGAUUAGCCAGAUUUUGUUUGAGAGUAAAAGAAAUAGUUCCUACCCUUCAUUUCUAUACUCAGAAUUAAACACAAUAAAUGAAAACUGCAUUGACAACAUGUCUACUUAAAUAAAUGAAAUGAUCAAUAAAAAGUAUUUUAACAGACACAUUCUUACAUGUAAAAAUAAAUGUUAAAAAAUGACACCUACCAGUUAUAGUAAGAAGAAAAAAGGAAAUAAAGUACUACAAAAGUUUAAAGUUUCUAUGAGUUUCCUGUGUUGCAGUUUGCUUGUUCCCAUGGUGCCUCAGGGGGUUUUCUCCAGCUUAUUCCCAAAACUCACAAUGAUUUUUUUAAGUGUGUUAAUUAAGAACAUACUUAGUGUGUGGGAGUUGUUUGGUCUUAAGAUGAACAGAUGUCCCCACUGUCUUUCCUCCCCUGCUCCUAAUUUUAGAUUGGUUUGUUUUACAAAAUAAUUUGCUAUUAUUUUAAGUUUAUUGCAAGAAGUCUAUAAUAAAAUACACACACAUAUAUAGUAUAAUAAAAUCCUGUGCCGUGUAGUUUAGUGGUGUGACAUUAUGUUGUGUUUCAGUAAAAACAUGUAGUAAAAAAACAUGCAUCCUUCACAAUCUGCUGUAAAUGUCACUUAACUUUAAUUUGUAAAUAAAAAGUUUAUGAAUCUAUAUACAGUUCAUUCUUUUACUUCCCCGUCUGUCCCCAACCUUCACCCAGGCAACAAUAUGCACCAAACCUUUACAGACUAGAGCGACAGGAAAUGGUCCAUAGAGGAAAAAAACAAAAAAAACAAGUAACCAGCAUUAAAACUUUGACAAGAGACAGCUUCAACCAGGGACAAUGUAAGAAACCAGCAGUGAAAACAUAAACUGUGAAGGAUCCUUACUUGAUUCUGAAAGGCCUACAGGAGGGAAACUAGGGGAAACUAACAGGAAAUGGACAAACAAAUCAAACACCCCAGAAACACAGGGAUCAGUGAAAGUGUAAGCAAGCAGAACAGGACAUUAAAGAAUACAUAGCACCACCAUGUGGCAGCUAGCAAACUGACAGUUCUUGUUUUGUUUUAUUCUGCAGGUGAAAGUUGCUUCGUCUAUGACUGAAACCUGAACGAGCAAAUAAAUUUUGGGGCCGAAUUGAUCACAGCAAUAAAAGGGGCAGCACUGAGUUCUCAUAAACCAGGAAAAUACUUUCUCAUAAAUGUGAAUUAUGGAAGUUUCUAUUAAUUCAUCAGAUGAAGGUCAUGGUGGGCAGACCUGGCAGAUGACUUUGGGGUUGCUUGUAGUCUGACAGAGUAUGAAUCUUGAAGCAGUGUCUGUCCCUGUCAGAGUUUCAUCAAAACUGGACACAGAAAAACUGGGAAUGCUUUUCCCCAGUAGAUUAGAUUUUUACAACGGUAUGUUUCUCUGUAAAAAUAUUAUUUUGAAGUUAUACGGGCCUGCUUCAUUCAACAUACAUACGACAUUCAGCUGUGAUGUUAAGUUAGGAGUAUUUUGCAGGGUUUUCACGUGUGAAAAGUUAUUAAGACAGAACACACUUCUGUAGCACUGCUACUGCAGAAAACACCAGGAACUGUCUGAACAGGUAAUCUUGUUAAACCAUCACUUUGCAUGUUUAUCAACUGCCAUUUCAUGUACAAAACUCCCAUAAUGUACUCUCAUAUAUUUUGAAGACUGUCAUG